GAUUAUGGUGACAAGUGAGAGAGAAAGAGAGAACGUUGAAAGGCAAAAGAAAAGAAUGAAAAUCCUCUGACUCCAUUUUUCUGCCUUUCUCUCUCUUCUUUUUCGAGCCAUUUCACGUUCCCCAAAUCUCUCUAUCUCUCAUCCUCUUCCAUCUCUGCCCAAAGGAAGAACAGGAGAAAAAAAAAAAAACAGAGACACACACAGGGGAGAGAUAGAGAGAGGGAGAGAGGCGCAUUGGUUCGUUCAUGGCGAUGCAAGAUCCGUCGAAGCCGAGCUCGACGACUCAAUUCCAGGCCAUGCCGGCGCCGAGGGGGUCGCACCACAGGAGGGCCCACUCCGAGGUCAACUUCCGGAUCCCCGACGACCUGGAUCUGGGGCCCGACCCCUUUGACAAUGGCCCCUCCGGCAGCUUCGAGGACCUCGGCGGCGGAUCCGAGGACGAUCUCCUCAGCACCUACAUGGACAUCGAGAAGUUCGGCUGCAAGCUCGAGGAAGGCCCCGCCCCUCCCCCUCCCGACCAACCCAAGCCCGACAAUGCCGCAGGCGCGUCCGGCUCCCAGCCAGCCCCGGACCCCCAGGAGAAGGGCGGCGGCUGCGUCCGGUCCACCAGGCACCGGUACAGCAACUCCGUGGACGGGUCCUCCAUCCUGGAGAGCAUAGAGGCGAAGAAGGCCAUGGCUCCUGAUAAGCUUGCCGAGCUCUGGACUAUCGAUCCCAAACGAGCCAAGAGGAUUCUCGCAAACCGACAGUCUGCUGCUCGCUCAAAAGAGAGAAAAGCUAGGUAUAUCUCGGAGCUCGAGAGAAAAGUCCAGACUCUUCAAACGGAAGCAACUACUCUCUCUGCACAGCUUACAUUGUUUCAGAGAGACACGACUGGUUUGACUGCUGAAAACACAGAGCUUAAGCUUCGACUUCAGGCUAUGGAACAGCAAGCGCAGCUACGUGAUGCUCUAAAUGAAGCGUUGAAAAAAGAAGUGGAGAGGCUGAAGAUAGCCACCGGGGAGCCAAUCACAGCCACCGACACAUACAACCUCGGGAUGCACCACAUCCCAUACGCCAAGCCGGCCUUCUUCCCUCAGCCACAACAGCUCAACCAAGUCCAGCAGUUCCACAUGCUCCAACCCAACAACAUGGUAGGCGGGGGUCCACACCAGCACCCUUUCAUGGUUCAGCCCAACUCCCAUGCGGCCUUCAAUGAGAUGAUGCAGCAGGACCCUCUCGGCCGUUUACAGGGCCUUGAUAUCAGCAGCAGGGGUUCCCCUCUUGUGAAGUCUGAGGGGCCCUCGAUCUCAGCCAGUGAGAGUAGCAGCACAUUGUAAUUUAAAUCGUGAGUCAAGCCCGUUCUUCGUUCAUUGGAUUGUUCAUAGACUAACAGAAACUUGUUGACCAUUCAUCCGGGGCAUUUAUUUGUUAAGAAGAAUCGAUUCUUUGUGGGGUUUUUGGGCCAUUUUUUGGGUGUUAGUCUUGUGUAGCUUUCUUCGUCAUAAGUUUGGGCGUUAGAAUUCGUGGCUUCUGUCUUGUUUUGGAUUAGAUUCAUUUGUUGGCAAGCUGUUAAUGAUGUUUAACAGAGGAUUGGAGUUGAAACAACUAGAGAAAUUGUAUUUCCUGUCCCGGUGUGUUGUCCUGUUUCA